AUGCUAGCCAAAUCUAUAGUCCGGCUGUUCUCAAAGUCAUAUUACGAGCUUUUGGAGGUCGAAAAGACUGCUGAUAAGCAAGCUAUUAAGGCAGCCUAUUAUAAGCAUGCGAAGAUUCACCAUCCGGACGCACAAAAUUCAGACCCAGAAAUAUUUAAAGAGUAUGCAGAAGCAUAUAAUACAUUGAUUGAUGAGGAUAAGCGAUAUCAGUAUGAUAUAGAUAAUGGCUUUUUAGAUGCUAUGGAUGUAGAUAGAAUGGAAGAGCUUAAAGAAAAAUUCGGAACUAGAUACCCUGAAAAAGCAUUAUGAGAAAAUUUAAAAAAAUGAGACACACAGCUGGUAGAAGAGCUUGACAAAGACACUUGGACUUUACCAAAGCUGUUAUGGAGGCUAAGGAAAUCUAAGGUUAAUAAAGCUUCUGCAGCUCCUGAAAAAACUGGGUUAGACUCAUUAUCGAAUUUCAGGUUGGCUGCAUUAUCAAGCUUAAUUGUUGGCUUUGCAAUUACAUAUAACAGCUCAAUUUGGGUGAUUGAAAACUAUAUUUAUCCUACUAAAGUAAAUAAAUAA